AUGCUUAAAUUUUUAUUCACAUCAAAGCUCUCAUUCAGAUUAUUUCAAAGAAGUAUUGUAUGCUUCUCAUAAUAAUCAAUUUUAAAAGAAUAGGAUUAUUUAUCUGAAGGAGAAACUGACUUUGACUCUAAAGACUUACUUAGUAAAUUUGAAGUUUAUUAACAUUUUGCAAAUGCAUAAACAACAGAAGAUGUCAUUCAAGCUUAUAAUAAAAAUAAUUUAUCAUAUGAAUAAAUUCAUUUUGCAGCAUUUUAAUUAAUGAAUAUUAUCAAUUAUAACCAAAUAUCAUCAGAUUCCUAAUUAGAUGCAUUUAUCUAAGAAAAAAUUAUUCCUAAUUUUGAUAAAUUGACUUCAGAACAAUCUCUUACAAUCAUUUAAUUAUUUCUAAAAUUGUAAAAUAAAUCCUAUAGCAUUUAAAUAAAAAAACAUAUAGAUUAAAAUUUAAAAAACUAUACAUAUUUAUAAUUGCCAUAUGUGUUUUCAUUUUAUUCAAAAUAAGGAUGGAAAAUGGUCCAUAUUGGUAAAAUAUUAAAACACCAUUUAUCAACCUAAACUUUUAAUGCACAAUCAUUAUGUUAAAUCAUAAGAGGUUGUUAUCUUGAAUAUAUUAAUCUUAAAUAGAACAAUCAUUCAGAUUUAGCCUUUUAAACAAGUUAAUAAUUAAUUAAUCUAAUUGAAAAUAUCAAUUUUAAUGGAUUAGUUGCUAUAUUUUAUUAACUUGCUUCUAUGAAAUUAGAUUAAAAUUCAUCUUUUAAAAGAAUUCCAGAAAUAAUACCUACACUUUCUGAAAAAUUUAUCUAAAAUUUUGAUUAAAUCUCAUCAUCUUCAAAAUUGAAACUUUUAGAAGCAUUUUCUGAACUUCCUGAAUCAUUCCCAAAUGAUCUUUAUUUAAAAUUAUGUCACUCUUUUGAAUCUGAUAAUUUAACUAAUACUGAUUAAUUGAAGUUAUACAUAUUGUUAAAAAUUUAAAAAGAGAAAAAUUAACCAGAACCUGAAAUUUUGUAAAUAUAAUUAAACAAAAUUAAUUUUGAAGAUAUUCUAGAUAAUAAUUUAUUAAUUAAAUUUCUUGAUAUUGAGUUUGGUGAAUAAAAUUAAAAUAUCAUUUCUAUAUGUAUCAAAAAUUUAAAAGAGAAUUAAAAUCAUUUAAGCGUGAAGUAAAAAACAGAUUUUAUUAAAAUCAUUAUAAAACAAAAUAAAUUAGAUGAGAUUUUAGAUCUAAAUUAAAUAAAUGACAAUCAAUUUUAAAAAAUUAUUGAAUAAUUACAUUAUUGUCAUAAAAAUCAUGAGAGUUUUAAACCUAUUUAAUUAUAAGAAAAUAUCAAAGCAUGUAUUGAAUCUUUUUUUGAUAAAGUAAUAAAUUUAGAUUAUGAUAAAAAAUUAAAAAUAUCUUCUUUCAUAAUAACUUUAGAUUCUUACAAUGAUGAUCCUUUCUAUGAAUUUAUUGAUCGACAUAUUAAAUUGGAUUGUUUACCAGAGUCUUAUUUUUAUGAUUUUAUAUUGAGAUUAAACAGUAAAUCUCACUAUAAUUAAGAAAUAAAAAAAAAAAGUGAGUAAAUGCUUCCAUCAUUUGACUAAUUAGAAAGGAUUAUAAAUAAUUUAAAUAAUAUAGAAUACUUGAAUGAUAGAUUAACGAAAGAAAUAGCCAAGUGGUUUUUAGUUCUAAUUGAUAGAAGUAUUAUAGAUGAUUCUUUUAAUAUUAAUUUCUCAUUAAAUCUAUUGUUUACAUUUAUUCUUACUUGCCCUAAACAUUCACUUCAUAAUAUGAGAGGAACUGUCUUACAAACCAUCAGAGAAUUAAUUGAGUUAUUUUCAAAGCAAGUGUAUUAGUCUUAAAAAAACAUUGAAAUUAACAUAGGAUUACUUUUAAAAUUUAAUGAAUAAAUUAAUUAAUUAGAAUUAAGGACUAAUUUAAUAAAUGUCAUAUGUUAAAGACUUUGUAAUUAAAUUGAUAGCUUAUCCGAUUUAGAAAAAUUAUAAUUGGCUACUCUCAUCACUGAAACAAAUAUUCAUUAAUUCAAAAAUUUAACAGUCAUCAAUAAUUUUUUAAAUUUAGCAGUUUAAGUGGAAUUGGAAUCAUAUGAGGCUAUUUUGAUGAAAUCAAAAAUAUAUUUGUAUUAAAUGAAAAAUUAAGCAAAAUUGCGUCAGAUACCAGAUGAUGUAUCAUUAAAAUUAAUGAUAGAUUAAUUAAAACUAGAAAUAACAAAAUUUGACAUAAAUCAAACUAAAACACAUUAUUUAGAUGGUUUAAUGGUUUUAUUGGAUUAUGAUGGCUGGAGAUAUAACAAUCUAAAAUAUGAAGAUGAUGGAUUAAAAGAUUUUAUUGAAAUAUAUUUUAAUAAUAUCGACCAUCUACUAACAAUCACUAAUAUGAGAGAUGGUUUAAAAAAUAUUCUAAAAACUAUUGGAUAAUUUGAUACAAAAUAUUAAUUUAUUAGGAAUUAUGAUAAAUUAUUUUUUAAAAUGCUUUCAAAAUGUCAUAAUUUAAAACCUCAGGAAAUGCCUUAGAUUUCAAUUUGUUUAGAUUAUAUUGAAUUUUCAAAGAAAAUCAAACUUAAUAAUGAUGAAACUAUUAUUGUUUUAGCUGAUUAUAUCAAAAAGUAAAUAGAAAAUUUAAAACAAGUCUAAAUUGUUGAAAUUGUAAGGAAUUUAUCAGAAUAAAAAAUUUACUCUGAGUCUUUAUUUGGUGCUUUAACCAAAUAAAUUUCAAGAAAAUAACAAUAUUAUAAUAAUUUUGAAAUAAUAGAAAUACUUAAUUCCUUUACAAAACUUGGAUAUUUUAAUGAAUCAUUAAUAUUAAAUAUUUUAGAUAAGUUAUAACAUGAAUAAAGAUUUUAAGUCAAUUUAACAGCAUUUGUAUAAACAUUUUGGAGUGUUUUAAUUUGUUUAUAAUACUUGAAGAAAUACUUAGACAAGAGUUACUAUUAUAGAUAUGAAAAAUUAAUUACACAUCUAAUGCAUGAGUAUGUAUAUAAUAAUGUAAAUUUAGAGUUUAAAAGUUUCCAAAUAUAACUGUAACUAUUAAAAUGCCUGUUGUAUUUCGUCAAUUUAUGGAUAUCUAUAAUCUCUUGGAUUUUAGUUCACAUUUAGAUUUAUGUAAGAAUUUUUCGUAUAUUUUUUAAGAAUUUAAUUAAAAACAAUAAUAGUUAGGAAAAUAAAUUAUUGAGAAUGGAAAAAAAUUAGUUAAUACAAAAUUUCUGACAAAUUAAAAAUUUUCUUAGUAGUUCAAAAAUUUAAUGCAAUUUCUUGAUAAAUCUUAGAUUGAAUAUAAAGUUAAUUACUUACUUGACAAUCAAUACGUAGAUUUCUAUAUUUAAACGAGAAAUCAAAUUAUAUCAGUAGAUAAUUCUUUAUAUGUGACUUAUGAUAUGGUACAUAAUUGUCUUUAUCAAGAAACAUUACACUGGUUUUCAUUAUUUUAAUAAAUGGAUUCUUGAAGGAGCAGCUAAAAAAUAUUAAUUAAAUCAAAUUCGAAUAAAUGCUCAUGAAUGGAAUCAAAUGAAUGAUGACUAGAGAAGAAAGGUUUUGUUAAUUUGA